AUGACGCGGUUGGGCACCCGGCGGUUGCCGACGAAGUGUCCGAGAUCAAGAGAGGAGAGAAGCGUCCGUCUUGAUAAUAAUGAGGCUGAGUACUUGUCUAACGUCUUGGGCAGGAGAGACAUGUCCACGGCAGUAGCCAGACCGUCGACUGGCACUGCAGAAGUUACCAGGCAGAGGGGAGCUCUCCUCAAUUGCAUGGGCUUCAAUCAAAAUCGCAAGCUUAACCUGCACAUGGAGGAGGCUGUGUAA